AUGUCGGACGUUUACGACGAAGUUGCCCCCGUGGUACAGACUACACAUGGCAAGGUUCGGGGAACCCUUCUUAAAUCCCUAUAUGAAGAACCGUUUUACGCUUUUGAUGGAAUCCCCUAUGCGGUUCCUCCGCUGGGAACUCUACGCUUCAAGGAGCCACAUGACCUCAAACCAUGGCACGGGAUUCGCGAUUGCUCUAAGCCGCUAAGCAAGUGCCUGCAAGUGAGCACAUUAACCAAGUUGGUAGAGGGCUCUGAGGACUGUCUUUAUCUGAACAUAUCAGUAAAAACUCUUCACGGUGAUCCCAUGCCUGUGAUGGUCUACAUCCAUGGAGGCGGUUUUAAGGGCGGAGAUUCUUCAAGACGCGCCUGGGGUCCCGACUAUUUUAUGAAAGAAAACGUUGUGUACAUAAGCGUUGGCCAUCGACUGGGACCCUUAGGCUUCCUCAGUCUAAAGGAUCCCGACCUUGAAAUUCCUGGGAAUGCUGGAUUAAAGGACGUUAUCUUGGCCCUCCGUUGGAUCAGGGCCAACGCGGGCAACUUUAAUGGGGACCCCGAGAGAAUCACCAUUUUUGGUCACAGCUCCGGCAGCAUGACAGUUCAGCUGCUUCUGGCAAGUCCACAAUCAGAGGGACUGUUCCAUAGGGCCAUCCUUUUAGCAGGAUUUUCAAUGGAGCUGAAUAGCCUGCCCCAAAUGGAGUACCGCCUGGCCAAGCAUUUGGGCUACGAGGGAGAUAAUGUCGAUAGCCAGAUCUUGGAGUUCCUCUUGAAGGCAGAUCCGAAACUGAUCGUCUCUGCGGACUUUUUCACUCCACUGGAGAAGAGACAGGGUCAGAACCUGUCCUUCAAACCCAGCAUUGAAAGCUACGCCACUCCCAAUGCAGUGCUCCUUGCCGAGCCAGUUGACCUCCAACGAACUUCGUGGAGCAAUCGCAUUCCCAUCAUCUUAGGCGCCAACAGUGGCGAGGGGUUGACUAUCUUAAACUUCAUAAAAAUGAACCCUACGUGGCUAAAGGACUUUCAGUGCAACCCGGAGCGGGUUCUGCCUUGGACCCUGAGAAACCGCUGUGAUGCUGGACAGCGGCGCCAAUUGGGUCAAGCAUUGAUCCAUCACUUUUGCGAGGCGCACGGCCACGAGUUGACUGUAGAUCACACAAACGGAUUGGUGGAGCUCUUAACCCACGGCAUGGUGCAUGCAAUGGACCGACUAAUCCAGUCCAGACUGGCUUACGGUCAGGCGCCCACUUACCUUUAUCGAUUUGACUUCGACUCGCCGGAUUUUAAUUUCUACCGAAUUCGCUUCAUGGGAAAAGACCAGAGGGGAGUUGGACAUGUUGACGAGCUGGGCUACAUUUUCAAGCUUCCAGCCACCUUCAAAUUGGACAAGUCUCGACCAGAGUUCACAGCCAUUCGCCGAUUGGUGGCCAUGUUUGUCCAAUUCGCCGCCACCUCGGAUCCAAAUGCUCCGCUCACUAAAUCUCUAGUGGAUUGGAAGCCCGUAACUCGAUUCGGAAAGCGAAUGGUUCUUAAUAUUAGCGAGGACUUAAAAUUUAUUCCGCAGCCAGAAAUGCCGAAGCUGAAGUUUUUCGAUCGUCUUUACGAAAUGGCGGGAGUACCUUUAUUUUAA